UUUCUCUUUUAACAGUAGCUUGGUGGCCAAUAAGAAAAGAAAACAAAAUUUGUUCAGAAGAUAAGAGUGUUGGUUUGUGAAUAGAAAAACAUCAGAGAAAUUUUUUUUUAUUUAUUUAUUUAUUUUAUUUUUUAUCAAUUUGGUAGCAAAAAAAAAAAAAAAAUCAUGGCCGCUCCAAACAGAUCUAAAACCUAAAUUCUCCUCUCUCUCUCUCGAGUAGACAAUCUCUUGCCGUCCUAUCGAAACCAUGUCUGACGUCUCCAACAGUAAGAAGACAUGUGUUUUCUGGGACGUCGUGGAUUGCCCGGUGCCUGAAGGUUACGGUGUUAGGGAUGUUUCGCAGAACAUUAGACAGACCCUUGAGAAAUCCGGUUACAACGGUGAGGUAUCCAUCAAUGCUUAUGUGAAUCAGACCAAUGAUGAUUUCAACGAGUAUGCUUCUACCGACCCGGGAUUCAAGAUCAUACUUGCUCCACAAGGAGAUAGAGUUGCUAGACUUGAGAUGCUUCUAGUGGACCUUCUAAUCUGGUCAAUUGAAAAUCGUUCACCUGCAAAUUAUAUGCUUAUCCUUGGGGACAUCUUCGUGGGAGAUGAUGAUGAUUACAGGGAGUUUGUCAAGGCAUUCGUCCGGUUGGAAUAUAGACAUUUCACAUGUCUCUUGGUACAGCCUCAAAAGUCAUUAGUCAUGAGAGAUUAUGCGGUAACAAAAUGGUGGCUUUGGAAAGACUUAUCAACUGGAGUUGCUGCCCAAUGCGAAAGUUCACAAGGUGUUGACAAUACUUGUAGUGCAAGUAGUUCAUAAGGUGUCUGUCUGUGCGUAGCCCUGAAGUCUAUCUAUGCAGAGAAAAAUUGUGGAGCUA